UUUUUUUUCUCUAUAUAUAUAAAUGAAAUAUAAAUCUAUAGGAUUCAUUUACCAAAAAAUGGGACAUGAUGUAAAGUACAUAGAGCAGGUUCAGCAGCAGCUAAUUACACUCUACAUACAUUUGAAUUUGAACUUUUCCUUGACUACGAGUUCAUAGUCACCUGCAAGGGCCCCGGGCCCCGGGCGGCACAAACUCUGUACAACCAGACUUGCACUUGUUUUUCUUGUUCUUUUUAGGAGAAUGAUUUUGAAGAUAAAAGAGUGAGGCGACAGGCAUCUGGCCAGCCCGUGUACGAGUAUGUGUUCUACACACAUCUACUGAUUGAGGGAUCCUCCGCUGCCCAAGCAGAAAGCUAUCUGAUGAACUCAACAAUGAUGCCCUAUAACAUAUCCCUCAAUGAUACAACGUCUGUGAGCAUUGUGAGCCUUCAGAUCACUAGAGAGUGCAACGUUACGACUAUGGGAAGGUCAUGUGUGUGCAAGGAUGGCUACCUAUGGAACCUAACAACCUGUUACACGUAUCCAACAUGUGCCGGUUACCCAUUCUGCUCCUGCCUAAUGGUAGCUAAAAAUGACAGUAUUCCAUUUUGUAAUCUGCCAAGUGAACCUCCUAACUCUACAGUUUCUCUUAAUGGAAUAUUCACACUUAAUCAAACAUUUACAAGUCACCUGCAAGACUCCAGCACCCCAGAAUAUCAGGCACUAGAACAUAACAUUUCUACGGCUCUUGUGCUUUCCUAUUCAGCAACAAGUUCCCCAUUGAAUGUGUCUGUUUCUGGAUUCAGCAAUGCAGGAGGCGUAAGUGCAUACUACCAGGUGGUGUUGGGAGCUCCGGUAACCACAAGCAAUCUCACCGCAAGUGACGCAGCGGCAGUUCAGCUUCUUCAAAAUGCCAUUCAUUCUACCGUUACUGUAGCAGGAAUGUCUUCCAUUGAACCCCAGCAACUCACUGUGGGAAUGUGGAGUGCAAUUUUGCUGACAUGUACGAUAACUGAAAUGAUGGAUGCUGUGAAUUGGACUUUGAUAACAAGUAACAGCACGGAUAGGAUUUACAGUACGGGGACAAAUGUGCGUAUCUCAACAGUAUAUUCUCCAGACAUGUCCAACUCAACUCUCUCAAUCGACAGUGCGGAUAAGUGGUCGAUCGGAACAUAUCUCUGCCAGUUUUUCCGCAAUGGCCUUGUUUAUAACGCCACCGCCCAAGUCAAUGUUUUCCUGCUUCCAUCUGAAAUCAUCCUCAGACCAAUCCAAAUGAGUUUCCUUGCCUCUGCUGGAAAUAGUGCGCCACUGCAAUGUUGUGCUAAGACUGACGGGGAAGCCUACAGGGUAACAUGGACAUACAAUGGCACAACAGUGACUGCCUCUCCUGCAGGUACAUCGGCAGAUUUACAGUGUUACACGUUGAAUCCAGGUGCGCCCUCUACAGACACCAAUUACAACUGCACAUUUAGCAACAGCGCUGGCCAAUCAAAAUCGCGGAUUAUACCUGUCACCGUAAUUAAAGAUGGAGAACCAUUCUGCCCACAGACUACCGCAAGUGAUGGAACUAUUUGGGGCAUUACAAGAGCCGGGUUACAGACCACUGUCUCCUGUGCCUCUGAAAAAUCAGGAAAUCAGACGAGAAACUGUUCUGCUAAUGGGCAGUGGAUGGAGGUGGAGGAUAACUGCAUUAGUCUUGCUCUUAAGAACGCACUGAAUGAUGCCCAGGCAUUGAAAAAUGGCCUUGGCAAUUUGCAAGAAAAGGUGCCAGCGAUACUGAUGGCAGUGUCCGAUCCUUCAGCAGUAUCAGUUACCAACUCGGCAGGAGUGACAGCACUGGUGUCCAUACUGGGAAUCAUCUCCACUGUUUCUACAAAUAUGAACAUGCCUUUUAAUGCCAGUGUUGUAACCGACUUCCUGGCAGUUGCAAGCAACCUCUCGGAUCCCAGCCUCUCGUCACUAUGGAAGACCAGCAGAAGCCCUGCUGCCUCCGAUAUGAUGAAGUCCGCGGAGCAGUUUGGCACUCUGCUGAAAGCAGACAACAAUACAUUUGGCAUUUCUCUACAGAAUAUCCAGCUGAAGGGAAGCUCCUAUGGAAACAAGAGCAUUAUUGAUGACUAUGCGAAGACAUUUGAUGGUAUUAAUGGAGUGACCACGUUCAUAAAUAAAGAGACCAUUGCUGCCAUGUUGGCUACAGACAACAUCACAGUGACUAGUCUGGUGUUCAACACCAUUGGAGAUCUGUUGGCUAACAGCACCACAGGACCAUUUAACGGCACUCAGUUGAAUAGUGUCAUUCAGUCGACUUCAAUAAAAUCAGCAGGCUCUACCAAUUUGUCUGGUGAAAUUUCCAUGAACUUUACAACCAACGUCUCAGGCAGUAAUUAUCAGCAACGAUGUGCUUUUUGGGACUUCUCCCAACCUAUUGCUGGCGGUGGAUGGUCAGAUCGGGGAUGCACAACCAACGUGGAGGACAGUUUGACAACAUGCACGUGCAACCACUUGACUUCCUUUGCCGUGCUGAUGUCCAUUAAUUCUGAACCCUUGUUAUUCAUCGAUGAGAUCACGUAUGCGGGCCUGGGUGCCUCCAUACUAUCUCUGUGUGUGUGUAUCAUUACAGAAUGCUUAGUGUGGAAGUCUGUUGUAAGAAACAACAUCUCUUAUUUUCGACACAUCUCUUUAGUCAACAUAGCAGUUUCGUUGUUGUUUGCCGACACUUUGUUCUUCGCCGCCACUUUCCCAUCUGUGACAAACUACAAGUUCAUCUGCCUUUCGAUAACCUUCCUGAAUCAUUUCUUCUACCUGGCCCUUUUUUUCUGGACUUUUUGCCAAAGUGUAAUGCUUCUCCAUCAGCUCCUGUUUGUUUUCCACCACCUUCGAAAGCGAAUAUUUCUUUCACUUUCGUUUUUUGUGGGGUAUUUUAUUCCUGCCCUAAUAGCCGCCGGCACCUUUUUGUAUUUCUACCCUAAAAAUACAUACCUUCACCAAAGUGUGUGUUGGCUGAAUCCUGAAAGUGGAGCCAUCUAUACAUUCGCCAUUCCUGCCGGAUCUAUCAUUAUGUUCAAUUUCAUGACCUUGAUGGUGGUCAUUUCCAAAUUAUCUCGGCCCUCUGUGUCGGAAGCAAACCGCCCAGAAGACAGGGAAACAGCUAAAAGCAUCAUGAAGGCCGUGCUGGUGUUGACACCUGUCUUUGGUUUAACUUGGAGCUUUGGAUUUGCUUUACUCAAGGACCUUGAUUCUCUAACCAGGCAAAUUUUUACAUAUGGAUUCGCUGGACUGAAUGCUUUUCAGGGCUUCUUUAUCUUAUUGACGUGCCUCACAGAAAAAAAGGUGCGGGACGCUCUCACUAAUAAGGUUUCUUCACUUAACACGUCAUCAACAAAGUUAUCAAUGUCUAAAUCUGAAGUUCCGACGAAAAUGCCCACAGUUCCCUCCAUCAGGAAAGCCAAGUAAAGAAGAAUUCGGGAUGUGCUUUGGUGCCAUCAUAUCCAGCUCUGAGGCUCUAUCAAGCAACCAAGAAUAAAGCCGUGAUAUUGUAUACUAUCACUAUGCCAUAAUUUAUAUAUCUUUAUGAAGAAAUGGAAUUGAAUUCUAUGUAUUAGAUAAGACAAGUGUAGGACAGUUUAGACCAGAGAGGUCUCAGCAGAUGUUGUUCAACUAUAACUUUCAAUGAUAAUAGGUAUAGUUGACAUCACAAGAACACUAUUUUAUUAUAAUUGGGGAGAUAUGAAACAAAGCUAUUAGGUACCAUAAGGAAUAUCUGUAUAGUAUAUGUUGAUCUGUGUAGUUUCACAGGAAUGAGACUAAACAGAUUUAUUUAAUAAAAUAUGAUACUGACUAAAAAACUUUGAAUUCCGACAAUUACAGCAUCCCACAUCAUAACUGGCGCGCCACGUCCCCUCAGG